CACGGAACAGCCUGCGCCCCACAGCCACAGAAACUCGGGCUGGUUCCAACUUUUUUUUUUAUUCCUCCUCUCGUGUCCGCCAGUUGUGACGGUGUCUGGGGCGAACACGCUCUGGUGGCACAGCAAAAAUAAGCCGACAGUGAGUCAUACUGCGCGGUCGGAACUUGAAAUAUGACGAUAAGCAAGAUGGGAGGAAAGUGUUUUCUCGCUUACUGAAGUUGGAGGUUCUCCUUGUGGAAGAGGAAGAGGUGGCGGCGGACACCACGAGUUCACUCUCACAGUAAGAAACGGAGUGAGCUCAGCCUUCCAUCAAACCUCCCUCCCUCCCUCCCCCCCUCUCUGUGGGCUAAGAUGAGUAUUACCAGUGACGAAGUCAACUUCUUGGUGUACAGAUACCUCCAAGAGUCAGGUUUUUCUCACUCAGCAUUCACCUUUGGCAUCGAGAGCCACAUCAGCCAGUCGAACAUCAACGGAACACUAGUGCCCCCUGCAGCCCUCAUCUCCAUCCUGCAGAAGGGGCUUCAGUAUGUGGAGGCAGAAAUCAGCAUUAAUGAGGACGGCACGGUUUUUGACGGUCGACCGAUCGAGUCGCUGUCGCUCAUCGACGCCGUGAUGCCAGACGUGGUGCAGACGCGGCAGCAGGCUUUCCGGGACAAACUGGCCCAGCAGCAGGCCUCGUGCGCCAUCACCGCCUCAACCUCUGGAAACCAGUCGAAUGCACCAAAGAAUGGAGAGGCCACCGUUAAUGGAGAGGAGAAUGGCACCCACAACAUGAAUAACCAUAGCGAGCCCAUGGACAUGGAUGUGGAUGUUGAGAUUCCAGCCAGUAAAGCCACGGUGCUCCGAGGUCACGAGUCAGAAGUUUUUAUCUGUGCCUGGAAUCCUGUCAGCGAUCUGCUGGCCUCCGGCUCGGGCGACUCCACCGCCCGCAUCUGGAACCUGAAUGAGAACAAUAACUCCAACUCCACCCAGCUGGUGCUGCGGCACUGUAUCCGAGAAGGUGGCCAGGAUGUUCCCAGCAACAAAGACGUCACCUCACUGGACUGGAAUAGCGAUGGGACACUCCUGGCAACAGGCUCGUAUGAUGGAUUUGCCAGAAUAUGGACAAAGGACGGAAAUCUGGCCAGCACCUUGGGGCAGCACAAAGGACCCAUAUUUGCACUCAAGUGGAACAAGAAGGGGAACUGUAUUCUCAGUGCCGGAGUAGAUAAGACGACAAUCAUUUGGGAUGCACAUACAGGAGAAGCCAAGCAGCAGUUUCCCUUUCACUCAGCCCCAGCGCUGGAUGUCGACUGGCAGAACAACACCACCUUUGCUUCCUGCAGCACAGACAUGUGCAUCCACGUAUGUCGCCUGGGCAGCGACCGGCCUCUCAAAACCUUCCAGGGCCACACGAAUGAAGUUAACGCCAUUAAGUGGGAUCCGUCAGGUAUGCUGCUCGCCUCCUGCUCAGAUGACAUGACCUUAAAGAUUUGGAGCAUGAAGCAGGAGUCCUGUGUCCAUGACCUCCAGGCUCACAGUAAAGAGAUCUACACAAUCAAGUGGAGCCCCACCGGCCCGAGCACAAAUAACCCCAGCGCCAACAUCAUGCUAGCCAGUGCAUCUUUUGACUCAACGGUGCGACUGUGGGACGUUGAACGAGGUAAAUGCAUCCACACUCUGACCAAACACCAGGAGCCGGUCUACAGCGUGGCCUUCAGCCCCGACGGCAAACACCUCGCCAGCGGCUCCUUCGAUAAAUGCGUCCACAUUUGGAACACCACGACGGGAUCCUUGGUGCACAGCUACAGGGGAACUGGUGGCAUCUUUGAGGUGUGCUGGAACAGCACCGGAGAUAAAGUCGGCGCCAGUGCAUCGGACGGCUCGGUUUGUGUUCUCGAUCUCCGAAAAUAGCCGUCCUGAGGGUAGAACGACGAAACCUGGAAAGUGCAGAAAUCUUCUGACGUCAACAAACGCUCUCCCAGCUCGAUUAGGGCUGCUAAGGUGUACUGAAACCAUCUCCCCUCAGGAGUUAAAGCAGCUCCAGCUCCACCUAAACUCCCUGCACCUUACUGUUUGUUGAUGCGUGUUUUACGAUAAUCCCGAGAGAAGAUGGAAACUGGCGGAGAACCCCCCCCCCCAAAAAAAAAUAGUGGAUUCCACUCCUAAGGCGCAUCCAUGUUAUAAAAGGUUUCCAACGGAGACGUGCUGUGAUCCCCGCAGGCUGCAGAUCCAGCUGUUAUCGGCUUGUGAGGGUGGAAAGAUGAGUCAAGUUUUAUAAAGAGAGAAUAAUGAGAGACAGGUGUUUGAGCUGUGAGAGGAAGGCUGCAGAUUUAUAAUUCCUCUGGGGAAAUGUUACUUCACGUCCAAACGAACCAGCAGGAUGAAAGCAACAGAUCCCCGACUCUGAAGCGCUGCCACUUUCAUUUGACCAGGUGCUUAACUUCUCCCGCAGCGGAGCUUGUUUCAGAAGUACUCGUUGCUGUUUCUGUCCGUUCUCCACAAAAGGACUUUUGAGAGUCUGAUUGAAUGUGUCGCUGCGAGAUAAAUGUUAGCUAGUUUUUAAAAUCAGGUCGACGUGAGGAAAACUCAACCAAGAAAUAGUCUUAACCCCUUGAAAAAAGACCUGCGAGGAGCGGAUUUCCUUUUUAUACACAAGAUGUGAAAAGUGGUUUACGAAGAGUUUUUCUCCCAGUUUGGAUGUAAAUUUCAAGAAUGUAAAGAGGUGUAAAUUAGAUUAACACAGACUUAUAUACUGUGUAUAUAUGUUUAUAUACAGUACACUUUAUGUUUAUCUAUAGGGGCUCUUUAUUGACGGAGCUAUCACAUCUCUUUAUUGUCGGUGUGUGAGAAGAACGCUUUUAACAACGUGCAUGUUUAUCUGGCUCUUUUGACAUCAGCUCGUCAUUUUCAUGCAUCAACCUUUUAUUUUCUUUUUGUUUAGUUAAAAAUGUCAUCAAGCAACACUGCUGCAGUCCGUAAAAGAAACCUGCACCUGGUUGUUUGCCUUCAUGGGGGGCAUUUUCAGUCUCCUGGUUGCUGAUUUAAGGUUUUGUACUUCAUGCAACAAAUAAAUCAGUCUCAUCUGAAUGAGUCGCCGUAAUUCCAGCUGAUCAGAUUUAAAAUACUAAAGAAAAAGACCUUAUCUUUACACCUUUUUGUUAGUGAUCCCCUUCAUCUUUUAGAUACCAUCUAAUAAAGCAACAUGAAGUGCACUUUUUGGAUUGGUGGAUUCAGCAAAUGUUCAAAUUUAGUUAAAAAAUGAAGGUCCAAAUGUUGUAUUUCUUUGUCCUUGGUUGGAUUGUAAAAUGUGUUGCUUUUCCUUUUCUUUCAUUUGGUUUAUUUUUUUGUUUUGUUUUUUUAAUUUGCUGAAAGCCGUUAUUGUCUGUGUCAGACUGAGAAUUGGGCUGUGGGUUGGCGACUAGUACUGGCGUGCUAAAAAGCCCAAAAUGGGACAAGUGCUGUGACAGCUUUAUCUUUUUCAUAACCCUGGUCCAGGGUGCUGUCGGAUGUUUGCAAGACAAAACUUUGAAGUCAUUCAGUGUCUCAAAUAAAUAAAUUACUCUAUUUUGAUAUCAGAAAA